AUGGAAAAUCCUGGUUCAAGUAAAGCAGAAGUGCAGCAAUACACAUACAAUGUAGCUGAACAAUUAGAUGGUGGCAAUGAUGAUCAUACUGAUGAUAAUUACAUGCAGAUAUUAUACAAGAAAGAAAUCGCCAACCCUAUACUCAAUGAUCAAGAAGCUUUAAACAUUAUCAAUGAGAAUUGGAUUCAAGAAUUUCGCACUGCUGCAAUCCACUACAUUCUCAGAACAGGGGAAAGAUUUCAGUUUAGAAUCCACACAGUUUACACGUCAGUGAUAUAUCUUGAUAGGUUUCUUGCUACACGGACAAGGGGACAAAACUGGUCAAUAAGGGUAAUAGCAGCAGCUUGUUUAUCAUUGGCUGCAAAAAUGGAUGAAAGCAGAGAUACAUUGCCAUCAUUAUCAGAAUAUCCUAUGGAAAAUUUUGAAUUAAAUAGUAACCCAAUUAAUGCAAUACGGAUGACGGAAGAUUUGAUUUUAGAUGUCCUUAGAUGGAAUAUGUGGUUUGUCACUCCUUUUGCUUUCACAAUAUUUUAUUUUCAAUCAAGAUUCUGCAGAGAAGAUUCAAGAAAAGAUUAUAUUAGAGCCAAAACUAUGGAGAUCAUAAUGAGUGUACUUAGAGGUAAUGAGGUUCUUUAA